AAAAAUCUUUUCUAAAAGUGUUAAUUCUCACAUCGUCUAUAUAGGUCUAGUUAUGAAAAAACAUAAGAUAUUGCGUAAUAAAUGGAAAAAAAUUCGUCGCAAACUUCGAAGACAAGAAAAAGCAGUGAAACGAGAAGAACUCCUUCAAAAACAAGAACAAGAUCGUUUAAACUCUCCAACGUAUCAAAAAUGGGUAAAAAGUCAAGAAGAAUCUGAAGAGUUUGAACGAAAUGAAAAUGAACGGAUUGUUGCUAUGCAAUAUUCAAAAUGGGUUGAGAGAGAGUGUGCGGCUAUCGAAGAAUGGAAAUCAUUGCAGAAAAAGUUUGAGAAAAUUAAACAGGAAAAAGCUCAAAAAGAAUUAUUAAUUAAAUUAGAGUGGGAGAGAGAACAGAAGAAAAUUAAAGAAACAGAAGAAAAUAAAAAAAAAGAAGAACAACAACGCGAAGAAAUAAAUGCCAAAUUUAUUGAAGAAAUUGAAAUGUAUAUCAACAAUCUGGGUCCGCUGCCUGAAUCUAUUAAUGUUGGUACAAGUACAAGACCAGACCAACCAUUGUGUCCUUUUUUUUCAAAAGUUGCAGCUUGUCGCUUCCGCGACAACUGUUCAAGAAAUCAUGUUCGACCAGGCAUUAGUAAUACAUUGUUGAUUCCUGGAUUUUAUAAAAAUUUUGAAUUGAACAUGCGCUAUGAACGUGAAUUUGAUAUUGAUAUUAGUUUGGAAUGUGAUGAAAAAGAGGCAUAUGAAAAAUUUUAUGAAUUUUUUGAAGAUAUAUUAGUUGAACUUAGAAGUUAUGGACAGAUAAUUGAACUUAAUGUUUGUAGAAAUCAAGAAAUACAUCUUAUGGGCAAUGUUUAUGUCCAAUAUAAGAGUAGACGACAUUCUUUAAAAGCAUAUCGAAACUUGUGUGGUCGUUUCUAUGGGGGACGCAAAAUAACUGCUGAAUUCUGUACUAUUCCUUCAUGGUCUGAAGCGGUAUGUGGGUUAUUUUUUAGAAAAAUGUGUCCAAAAGGAAAAAAUUGUAAUUAUUUGCAUUUGUAUAAAAAUCCUGGAGGCAAAUAUCAAUCAAAACCUCAAAGAAAUCGAAAUGAAAACUCAAGUCAUAGUCAUAGAGAAAAUAAAUAUAAUCCUAGUAAAAGAGAACGAGAACAUUCUAGAACAAAUACAGAAAAAAGGAAUAGUUCAAAAAGAGAGCAGAGAUCAAUGGAUAGUUCUUCUCAGAGAGAGACGUUGAAUACGCCUCAAUGGGAUAACACUCCAGAUCGAUCAAAUAAAAGUUCUAGAUCACUUAACUGGGACAGUGAUGAUGAUUAAAUAAUUUAAAGUGAUAAACAAAGAUUUACGAAUUUAAAAUUGUUGGAUAAUAAAAUAAUCAUUACCUAAUACAUUUUAAAUUAGUUACUCUGUGGCGAUCCAUUAAAAUCUCAUUGAAUUAUAUUCAAGUAGGUAAUUAAACUAAAACUAAUAUAGUUAAUUAAAAAUUUUAAAUUGUAUUAUAUUAAAAUGAAACUGAAUAUAAAAUUAUGCUAUAUUAUGUAUAUGUAGCCAUGUAUAUAUAAAUUGCAUAUUUAGGUUUUUAAAUGUGUGACUGAAGUAUCAAUAAUUCAAUUUUCAACUAUCAAUUUAUCAAAAUAUGAAUAAAAAUUGUGUAUUUGUGUUUUUAGUUAUAAUCUUAAAUAAAUGAUUAAUAUUUGAUGUAUAAAGUACACCUAAGUAUGCAUCUAAAACUAACUA